CAUGGCAGUUGUGUUAAUUAUUUAUUAAUGAUCAUCAAGUGCUGGAAUAUCAGUAUAAAAGAGAGGAAACGUUCCGUGCUUAAACAAGAAACAGUGUGACAGUGACUAAAUAAAGAACAUUAAAAUAGUAUUUUUAAGGAUAAAAUUAAGGAUGACUGAAAUACCAAAGACAACAACAACUUGUGUUAAUCGCCCCUCUUCACCGAGGAGGUUUUUUGAAUAUUUAUACGGAAAUGUAGAUAGAAAUUCAUCAUCAUCUAGUGAAAUUAGUAGUCCUUCGCCGGAAAUUGAGGAUAAAACCCGAAAUUCACGACUUUGUGAAAAUCGUGUGGAAAUAUCACCAUAUUUGCCACCACUUUGCAAUCACACAAUUGUUGGAUUCGGUGCACCCACAGACCACUCCGCACAUUUUCCAAUUGGAUUUUCUGCUUUCUUGGCACGACGACGCCGGAAGGAGGGUAGACCACGACGGCAGAGGACAACGUUCAGCAGUGAGCAGACACUGCGACUAGAGGUGGAAUUCCACAGGAAUGAGUACAUUUCACGCGGGAAGCGCUUUGAACUGGCAGAGGUACUUCACCUCACAGAGACCCAAAUCAAAAUAUGGUUUCAGAACCGACGAGCCAAAGACAAAAGGAUUGAGAAGGCGCAAAUUGAUCAGCAAUACAGGUGUUGCAUUGAUUUUGGAAUACCAUGCUCGAAUAGUUCGUUUGGAAGGGAGCUUGCCCAACUUUUUGUGGAAACGGUAACUUCUGGUCCAAUGUCCAUUGGUCCUUUUGGAACUUUGUAGCAGCCAAUAGUAUAAUAACGCCGUUUAACCCAAAUUUUUCCCAUGCAAUGCUACAUCAUCCACCGACGAUGGCAUUCCACCAAACACUCUCUGGGACGC